AAUUUAUUCGUUUGGGAUACCGUUGUCUUACUUUUACGUAUUGUGGUGCAACACAGGUUAAAAUGGAUCACUUUCAACUUAUAGGAGAUAUACUGCAUCUGGUGGCUAUAUUUGUUCUUUUAUACAAAUUGUUGAUUACUAAGUCAUGUUCCGGAGUAUCCAUAAAAACCCAAAAACUGUACAUGUUAAUUUUCAUAACUCGUUACAUGGACAUGUUUAUCUAUUUUGUUAGUUGGUACCACAUAACGAUGAAAGUAUUUUACAUUUUCUCUGCUUUAUUAAUCGUUUAUCUGAUCCGCAUAAAAUAUAAUAAAACAUACGAAGAAGAUAUUGAUAGUUUUCAAUUUGAGGUCAUUCCUAUUGCUGCGAUUCUGUUGGCCUUCGCAGUGAACCACAGAUACGAUGCUAUUGAGAUAUUAUGGGCAUUUAGUAUUUAUACGGAAUGUGCAGCCAUUCUUCCCCAGUUUUACAUGAUUUACAAAACUGGCGAAAUAAAAGAGUAUGUGGCUUCGUACCUUAUAUUAAUGGGUUUUUACAGAGCGUUUUACAUUGCACAUUGGAUAAAUCGCUACAACAUUUAUCACAUCGUUGACUUAAUUGAUUCUAUAUCGGGAGUUUUGCAAACUGGAAUUUACGUUGUAUUCUUUAUGAUGUAUAUUACAGCGUCUCUUAAACCUUCUCCGGUAGAAGAAAAUAAUUCAGAACCGCUGGAUAACAAUUUAAAUGGUCUCCUUGGGCAUAAUAUUGGAUUGUACGUUGAAUCGAAUCCAAUGACUUUGGAGGGUGAUAAGAACUCACAUAAUGUUAAAGAAGUAACACACAGCACGUCCAAAUUGCCAAAUACAGAAUUAUGCGGAGUGCAUACAGUCUAACUGUUUCAUCACUUGGGUUACAAUACAUUUUGAAUUUUUAUUGUAUUUUAAGUUAAAACUUUUAAUAAAAUGAUAAAUGUUA